AUUUUAGUAUAAAUAAUAAUUAAGUAUUAAUUCUCAUUGUAUUUAAAAUUAUAAUUGGAAGUUAAAAACGAUUCCUUCAAAGGCGUUACCGUAGCUUGGUUAUCAUGCGUACUGGAUUUUAGGCGUGUGCGUCAAGCAUUCAGAAUCAGUAUCCGUCAGAGGAAAUGUAUAUUUCGUGAUAAAGUACGGUAGAAUAUAUUAUAACCGAUAGUGCCGGAAUAUUAGAUGUGUUUAUGUAGUGUUUUAUUUUCGUUUCAAAUAUCUCGCAUUAUUUUCCCGCUGUAUUUUAAGAUUAUGAACUAUAAUUUUAGCCUUUAAUGACAAACUUACAGUUGUAGGUAACUGACUUGGUUUUUCAUUAAGUGGAUUAACACGAUUUUAUUUUAAGGUUCAGUAACAAAUGUCAAAUAAAUGUAGAAGACAAUACGAGGCUUUCAUCUUUAUAAAAAGUAGCAUAAUAUAAUAAAGAUAUCAGUAUGCAGACAAUAAAGUGUGUCGUAGUGGGAGAUGGGGCUGUGGGUAAAACUUGUCUCUUGAUUUCAUAUACUACAAAUAAAUUUCCAUCAGAAUAUGUACCCACAGUCUUUGACAAUUAUGCGGUAACAGUAAUGAUAGGUGGUGAUCCGUACACUUUGGGAUUAUUUGAUACUGCUGGACAAGAGGAUUAUGAUAGGCUUAGACCUUUAAGCUAUCCACAGACGGAUGUAUUUCUUGUGUGUUUUUCAGUGGUAUCACCGUCUUCUUUUGAAAAUGUUAAGGAAAAGUGGGUACCCGAAAUAACGCAUCAUUGUCAGAGGACUCCGUUUCUACUUGUUGGUACUCAGAUUGAUUUAAGAGACGAUGUUGCGACUAUCGAGAAAUUGGCAAAAAAUAAGCAGAAACCAAUAUCGGCAGAGCAAGGCGAGAAGCUGGCUAAAGAGUUGAAGGCAGUAAAAUACGUAGAAUGUAGCGCGCUUACACAAAAAGGAUUGAAGAACGUGUUCGACGAGGCUAUCUUAGCUGCACUGGAACCGCCAGAACCAGUGAAGAAGAGGAAGUGUAUACUCUUAUAAAAAGAGUAUUAAUUUGGAGAGAGAAAGAGAGAGAUGCAUGUUCAGAAGAGGAAAACAAAGCGAUGAGUAAAAAACAGCAAGCGGCGAAUUUUAUACGUAGUAUAAAGCACUGUUAAAAAAAUUAAAAAUCGUGCUUACAUGGUUCCUUUUUUGGAAAAACAAAUAUUAAUCUUCGGAAACACGUUAAGAGCCGCUAAUAUUACAGCGCGACAACUUCAACAGUUUUUCUUUUUCAUACGAUCAUACUAAAAUCGCGACCACAUUCCACGCAAUAUAAAAUUUCUAUCGGCUUUUCGAGAUUUUUCUUAAACGCAUGCUGCACAAACAUUUUCUAAUUUGUCAAGCUUUGCAUAGAAGAUUUUAUAUCGUUUAAAAAUUUCGGUAAUAUCCCUAUUAGAAGAAUUGCUGCUAUCGAUUAAUAGUAUUUUGUGUUUCGUACAUCGUCACGGCAAAGAAUCAAUCAAACAUUACGGAAAAAGAAAAUCAAAGUGUUCGAUUUUAAUAUACCGGAUUAAAUUGUAUCUUUCUAGUAAAAUCAGUAUUAGAAACUUUACGAAUGUAUAGACUAUGAUACGCUAUAGAUACGUUGCCGACGUUUCUUUUUCUCGAAUAAAUUUUCAAACACGCAAUAACAAUUUCGAAAAUUCUAUGCGGCAGCUACGUGUGACAGAAAAUUUCCGUAGAAGCGCGUUGCUUUCACCGAUUUUUCAUACCUGAUUUUGUACAUAUCAGCGUUCGUUACGGUACGGACUGAUACGAGAAACGAAAACGACUGAGAGAGGAGGGUGGUUAUAAUCGGGAUUUAUACUUUGUAAAAUUCAAUCAACAAAUUCGUUGGUAGGCGAUCUUGUAAGAGCGAUUGCAACGUUCGAUAGGUAGUACACGCGAUUAGGUAAGCGAAAGCACAAUGGACUGGUCGAGAGAAGCGUCGCUCGCACGCUUACUUACUAUGAUAGUUAUAUUGAAGGAACAUAACUGUAUUAUUCGAUAAACGAAGAAUCGAUGCCUAACGUUUUCUUUUUAUUUUUUUUUUUUUUUCAUAAACUUUAACGUUACGUAAACUGGAUACGCGUGCAGCGAUAAGUCUUGAACGGACGAUCGAGAACGUCCGUCAAGAAACUUAGCGAUCGAUCGAUUUUCACACGCGGCGUCCAAUUAAGAGAGGUGGCAUUUAUUAACACUAUUCGUGUCACGAUAUGUAGACACAAUCGCAUUAUGAAAUAUUCACAUAAAUAUAUUUAUACUACGCAUAAAGAUGUUUUUUCGUUA